AUGCACUAUCCGCCUUUUGUCGCGACCUGCCGUCCUCGAGCCGGAGCUCAAGUGGUUCACGAAGGAUGGCUUCUGAAACGAGGCGAACACAUCAAAAACUGGCGUUCCCGGUACUUCGUCCUUUUUGACGACGGUACAUUGCUCGGUUUCAAGCAGCAGCCGGCGCCCGGUGUGUAUAACGACCCGUUGAAUGACUUCACCGUAAAGAGAUGUCAGCUGAUGAAGGUGGAGGGGCCGAGGCCGAAUACAUUCCUCGUUCGUGGCUUACAAUGGACUACUGUGAUAGAACGGACGUUUUGUACGGCAACGUCGGAAGAAAGGGAGCAGUGGGUAGCUGCGUUGUAUUCAGUUGCCAAGAAGUUGAAAGACGAUGAAACUACGACGGUUGGCGUCGAACCAGUGCAGCAGAAUGGUGAUCGUAUAUUCGACGCCGCGAUGAUCCCCGCUUUUCAGCAGUCACCGGAAAUUUUACAGAAACAAACCAAGAAAGUUGUAAGUCAUGUUGGGCACUCGAUUAACCUUAUUCUAUGACU